AUAAACCCUUGCGCAAUUUGAUGAAUAGGGUCCCUGUCAUAAGCGUCAGAAACAGUUGAAGGCGUGUAAUCGGACGGACAGCUGGAAAAGCGAGUGGGAACCAAAGGAAGGCGCGUCGUGUCGUCUCCUCGCUGUUUCGAGGAGUUCUUUCUUCGUGGAGCUCCAAGUGAGAGACUUUUCUCAAACUAUUUGCCGUCUGCGCGCCAUCCUGGCCUGGGAUUUUAAUUCUUCUUUUGGCACACUCUUCUACAGAGCAAUGGAUCCGCAAAAUUGUCAUGCCUAAGUCAAGUUUCACCGCCAUAAAUUCAACCAGAUUUUUGUGAGAACUAUUGUCCACCCUGCUUUGAUUUUAAACGCAGUCGAAAAAGCUUUGGCUUGACAAGUAGGUGCGUCCUGUGUCCAGGAGCCUCUGAGGGCCCACAUCAUUAUGGUGAACAACCAAGCAUCAGGCAUAGCGCCGGCCCCAAGGUCAUGUGCAGGAUGUGGGGGGAAGAUCGCUGACCGUUUCCUGCUCUUCUCCAUGGAGCGUUAUUGGCACACUCGCUGCCUCAAGUGCUCCUGCUGCCAAGCCCAGCUGGGCGACAUUGGCACCACCUGCUACAGCAAAGGAGGCAUGAUUUUGUGCCGCAGCGACUACAUCAGGCUGUUUGGGCACAGCGGGGCGUGCAGUGCCUGUGGCCAGUCAAUCCCAGCCAAUGAGAUGGUGAUGAGGGCACAGGGAAAUGUUUACCACCUCAAGUGUUUCAGCUGUGCCACGUGCAGAAACAGGCUAAUGCCUGGAGAUCGCUUCCAUUACAUCAACGGUACAAUCUUCUGUGAGCACGACAGACCCAGUGCUACCUUGCUCAGCAACCACCUGCCACAACUUCAAAGUAACUCUGUGAUGACGGAUCAGAAGGUGUGCUGAGUAAAGUGCGCGCUGAAACUUUAAUUCCUCUCUCCCCCUACUGUAGCCAUUGUUGUGAGUGAGUUCUGUUCAACAUCACACCUCCCUCUGACGAAGGGGCAACUUUCUUCCUGUGAAAUCCCACCCCCUCGUCAUAUCACAGAAUCCCAGAACCCUCAUCCAAAGUCAUGUUUAUGGAGUGUUGCACGGUGCUGCUGCCAGGAUGUUGGGGGGGCCCCCUGAAAAGGAAAAAAAAAUAUUGAAAAUGCUCUUUUAGUAUUUUGUAAUGGACGAUUGGGAAUGAGCCCUUAGAAUCGUCAUGACUUUUCUCCUCCGUAUGGGGCCCCUGGUGUUCAGUACAAAAGUGGCAGAUGCUGACACGAGCAGAGACUCUUCUGGACUCUGAUGAAGCCAGAAGACCACAACCGUCAUCCAUCAGUGGAUUGAGCAAAACAUGCUUGAAUGAGAGUUUGAUGGACUCCUGCAAAUAUGACCGUCAACGUCUUGUGCCAAGUGGCAUUAUUUUAAGUGUCAGUGUUUGGAAUGAACUCUGAUCCGUCUCUUUUAUAUGUCUGUCUGAGACCUUGUACUCCGGGUGUUGAAUUAUAAAACUGGAUGGGUGUCAGGCACAAAGUGUAUAUUACAGUCAUAAGAAAUGCAUUCAUUCAGAAUAAAACUGCUGUUUUGAAAAUGAUGCAACAAACGUUUAAAGCACUAUUGGGGAAAAAUACCCCAAAUAGGAACCUUUCAUUGUUGAUAGAUGUAAUUUCCAUAAUAAAUUGUACUCUUCAUGA